AUGGAUUCCCCAGAGAUCGACGAGGAGGAGCGCGGGAACGAGAAGAACGGCGAGAUUAGCGUUCCUCGCGCGAUUUUCCGUUUACUUUUCCUGGUCUCCACGUCUCUAUCGAUUUUCGUGCUUCUCUCACUCUCCGUGCUGUAUGUUGCUGUUUUCCUUGGGAAUUUAUCUGUUUGGAGCCCGAUUUCGGUUCACUCACGCUGCAGAAUAAUUUCCACUAGUGUUGAUCUGAGGUCAUCUAAGGUUUGUGAAUUAGGGCUGUUAAAUUACAAGGCCAAGCAUGUGUUUUACCCAUAUGAAAGGAAAAAAUAUCGAUGCCACUAUGAUUAUUACUGGGCUUCUGUGCUUGAGGUUGAAUACAUAGAUCAUUUAGGGCAGGCUAGGUUUGCGUUAGCCGAGGCCCCAAACGAAGCCCUUCCAUACAAUUGUAGACCCAGUUUUGGCGCUGCAUGGUUGACCAAAGAUAAAUUUAAGGUGAAUCGAACAUAUGAGUGCUCAUACACACUUGGCAUCUCUAGGGUGAACAUAAAUUUUGAAGGUUUAUUUAACUGUCCAUCUGAAGAGCCUUCGACAUUUGAGAUGAUUAAACGAUAUUACAUCCUGUUUACAAGGAUAUUAAAGUCGAAAGUUUUCAGUGGGGAAAUACUAAAACAAUGGAGAUGGGAGAUGAUAGCAGGUGCUGCAACUGGAUACAUAAUGGCUUUCUUAUCUGUCAGCUUCGUUGGGCUUUUACGGCCGUUGAUGUCCUUUGCUCGUCGAGUAACUGCAUUUCGGUCCUCCCGUUUGUGCCCAAGUACGGUUUUACUGAAGCGAACUUGUUUCUUUGUUGCGUAUUUCUCGUUCAUGAGUUGGGUCACUAUUCAAUACGUGAAACGGCUCGGCCUCUCAUAG